AAAACGUCAUCAUGCCAUUAUCCGUGAUUUGGAUUCGUUAUGGAAGAAGAACAAAGGGGAAAAAGACAAAAGCAAGAGCAAAUGGGUGGGUCCCGCCCAUUUCAUUCACCGGACACGGUGGCUCUGAUCCUUCAGCCAAUCAAAAUCACGGAAGAUGAGUUUUCAUGGCAAAGCAUAACUUUUCUCCCACUAUCCCUUUUUUCGUUUUGUAUCGAUCGAUACCUACUCUCCUCCUUUCCACUCGCUCAGUCUCAGGCCGCCACCAGCUCAACUGCUUCCCGCCGCCGUCGCUUCACUUUGUCUCCUCUGUAAUCCUAAUUCCUCCGCGUCAUCCCCCCUUUUCAUCGAUUCGAAACAGGAUGAGCAGCAACGGGGAUCACAGCAGCGAAUUGGAGGCGGCGCAGUACAUCGGGAUGCACCACCGCCACCAGCCGGCGGAGAAUCAGUGUUCUUCUAACCUCGUCGUCCACAUCAAAGCCCCAGUCGACAUCGUGUGGUCUUUGGUGAGGCGAUUCGACGAGCCGCAGACGUACAAGCCGUUCAUCAGCAGGUGUACGAUGAACGGAGAGGUCGGGAUCGGGAGCCUGAGGCACGUGAAUGUGAGAUCUGGCCUCCCUGCAACCACGAGCACCGAGAGAUUGGAAGUUUUCGAUGACGAGGAGCAUAUCCUUGGGAUCAAGAUCGUCGAUGGUGAUCACAGGCUCAGGGUAAAUUGGCUACUGUUUGGUGUUGUCUAUUUGGCCUUUGUUGAUUCGUUUUCUUGCUGCUUCUCGAUUCCGAGUAGUUUGACUUGAUCUCCUUUAGGUUAGGAGGAUGGUAAUUGGUAUAGGAAAUGUCUGACAAGAUUGUGGAGGUAGAACGUCUUUUGUUCUUGCUUGCAGUUACCAUUUCUGGGUUGGGAACGUUUGGUUUGUUUCAGUUGUGUCACGGCUAGUUUUCUUGGUAGAACUCUGUCUUCUUCCUCAUAUGUCCUCAGGGAAAUUUUCCUUGGGAGGUCUAGUAAUGAGCUAUCUUGCAUCCGCUGCAGCUUCUUUCCCUUUCUGACCUUUUCCUUUUUUCUCAUUUUGCCCUUGCUUCUGUCUGCUCGUGGUGUUAAAACAUUGCAGAAUUACUCCUCGGUCAUAACGGUCCAUCCCGAGGUUAUCGAUGGAAGGCCAGGGACGUUAGUCGUCGAGUCUUUCGUGGUGGAUGUGCCUCAAGGGAACACCAAGGAGGAUACAUGCUAUUUUGUUAGGGCUCUUAUCAAGUGCAAUCUCAGAUCUUUGGCCGAGAUCUCCGAGAGGAUGGCUGUGCCUCGACCUGGACUCGACUGAGCCAACUGUCGAUUCUCAGACCCGGCUGUGGCAGUUGGGAGGAGAACAAGGGGAGUAAUACCGUUCAAAAAGUUUGAUACUUGGAAGUGAAGUGGAGGGAUUAUGAAGCAUCCAUGGAUGUAUGAAUACCAGUAGGCAGGUAUAUGUAGUGACUGCAGUCUUCGUUGGUCUUUCCAUAGUCUCUCUCAAGCCGUCUUGUGUAGGCGGUUUUGAUGUGCUCUUUUCCCUCCUUGUUUCUGCUGGUUUUGGUUUUGGUUGGCUGAUGCUGUGCUCCUGGAAUGUAAAUUGUGGUCUUCAUCAAAAUACCUGUAAAAUAUGGUUUACCUCUAUUCUUGCUGCUGCCAGACGCAGAGACAAAGAAUACAGUGGAGAAACAAACAUAAAUGGAAAUAUGUAACAUAUUUAUUUGGCUAUCUUCUUUCUUUUGCCUCCUCUGCACUUUCUGCACUAUAUAAUCUGACUCUGCUCGCCUCAGCCCUCAUGACACUGAAUCAAUGGUUAAG